AUGUACAUGUUUAUUCAUCGUGAAACAAUAAAUGCUUGUACUGACCUUCAAGUUAACCAAUUUUUAAAUGAAGAUCUCCUGGAUCAAUUAACCCAGGAGUACAAUGAACUAUCCUGGUUAGAUGUUGCAGAUGCAUCUCCUAGUGAAAUCCUGGCCGAUGCUGGUCUGGUACCAAUAAUAUCACCAGUACAAAGUAUUAAAUCUUCCUCAAAUGAAAGCAGCAACUCUGAUUCAGGCAGUGAUGAUGAUUCUAAGAAUGGAUCCAGUGAUUCAUCAGCCAGACAUUCAUCUCAGUCGCCUCUUGACUGGAACUUCCACAAUGAACCAACCAAUGAAUUAAAAUUAGAAGAUGUUGAAUUAUUUCUUCAGAAAACAGCACCUGAUAGUACAAAUCUAGAGCUUUCUGAAAGUAAACAAACAAGUUUAAAAGUUUUCGAAAAAUCCAGUCAUGUUAUGGCAAUAGAAAAUGGUGUCAUUAAGGUUGUAAAGAAAGACAAUACUUAUCAACAAAAUUUUGUAAAAACUAUAGCAAAUAAAGUAGAAGGCACAACUAUUCAUCUUACUAAUUCAAUUUUCAAUGUGGUGAAUGAAAAUUCUAAUGGAAUAAAAAAGGAAGAUAGACAUAAUCAGUUAUUAAGUGAGAAAAGAUUGCCAAGAAUUUUGAAACCUAUCACAACUUUUUUGACUAAACCAGCAAAUAUACCAGCAGAGAGUACCAAGAAUGGCAAGAUUUCUAUAACACCACUAUCAAACAACAAGCCAAUCCAAAUAUCAAAUAAUGGUUACCAUAUUGAGACUCCCCCGUCUACAAGGAGCAUAGUGAUAAGCCCUAGCCCAGAUGUCCGUCACACUUCUAACACACACCAAAGUAUAAAGGAUGAGCCAAAGAGUUCCUUUAUAGACUUAUCUACAUUUAGUGAAGCUGAAAUUAAAGCUUUUAAAAAACAGCAGAGAAUGAUCAAGAAUAGAGAGUCUGCAUGUCAAUCUCGGCAAAAGAAAAAAGAGUAUGUUACUGCAUUGGAACAACAAUUAUUAGAGGCCCACCAAGAAAUUGCGAGAUUACGCCUUGAAAAUAAGUUGUUAAGGGAUGAACUAGAGUCUAAAGGAAGAUCUCGAAAGAUUCCACGACUCGACACUUCUAUUUUAAUACCUAAAAAGAACAUAGCUGUUAUAUUCGCAAUGGUCUUCAUGGUAUCCCUUAAUUGGAAUGUUAUAGGGUGGAACACAAGAACAUUUUCUCAACCAAGUACAACGCAUGUGAAUUCACGGCAUCUCUUGUGGACUGAUGAUAACAAAGAUGCAAUGUCUACUGAUUAUGAUUCAUUUAAUCGAAGCAAUGAAGGUGUCGACUGCCCGAACGCUACAUUAAAUGAUUUUGCAAAAAUCAAUCAAACCGAGAGUAUACGUAUAGUUGGCGAACUUAAACGGUGGAUUGGAGGAGGAAAAACUUUAAACUGGACGAACGCUCCAAAAAAACAUAAUGUUUAUUUAGAUGAAGAACAAAUAGCUGGUGGACUAUUGGAAACAUAUAGACUCUUCAACAAAUUAAAUCUUGACAACAGUAUUAUCGACGUGCCACAUACAAUUAAAAAUGGUAAAAGCAUACGUGAGAGAUCCCGCCUAAGAAGAUUAAGACGAAAUUCACAAACAGAUAAAGAUAUAUUCCCUGAAAGUGCAAUUUAUUAUGAAAGGCUGUAUCAUAAACCACUAAGGAAACCUGUUGAUAAAUUAAAUGUGGAUGAAUUUGGUGAAUGGAACGCGUUACUUCAAGCAUUACAUAGAAGAGACGAUACAUUCUAUGUAGUAGGUGUCGGGAAGGGAGAACAUUUGUUAUUGCCAGCUGUAAAUCAUAAUGUAACGAGACCACCAAAAAUGGCGUUGAUUCUACCAGCAAGAUCUGGAAAUGAUUCUCUAAUGAGUGAUCAUGUAACCUUAAUGCAAAUUGACUGCUCCGUCGUCAACACAACCCUAGUCAAGCUCAAAUCAAACGCAUUGCCAGAAAGCUUAAGGAAAACUAGUACUGAUGAGAAACCUGUCGACAUAAAUCCUAAGCCAGAAAAUAGAAAGGUGAAGAGACUUAAAAUUGAUUCUAGUCCUGGUGAUACUGUGUACAAUACAAGCAAUAAUAUAUCAAAUAUAAACUAUAAUAAAAAUAAUUUAGCGGACAUGGAUAUCAAUAAAAAUGAUUUAUUCACUCAGUACUUGUUAUCUAAAUCACGUAAUCUAAAGGAGGAGCCAAUUAAAAUCACAAAAUUAGAAAUAAUUAAAAGUCAUGAACAGAAAUCAUCAUCUAACAGCUCAACA